CAAAAUCCAACAUGUGGUCUACAUCUAUUCACCACCACCACCACCAUCCACCGCCCUUUUUCCCUUUCCCUCUAUAAAACCAUUAUUUUCCUCUUUUUCUCUCUAUAUCUCCGCCGUGAAUGUCAUCAAUGGCGGCAGCUAUUUCCGUCCCUUGUAGCUCAAGGUCUUUUCGUAUGGGCCGAAUGCCGUUCCUUGGUCAAAAACCCACUUCCAAGUUCCCAUCUUCUGUCAGAAAAUUCGACCCGUUUGGAAUUCGGUUGGGCCGAAUCUCUAGCUUGACUGUCUGUUUCGUUGCGGGUGAUAAAAAAAUGGAUACCCGACCUGUUGAAAUGGAUAGUAGUACUAAUCCUGUUGCGGAUUCUGAAGUAGUGACGAAUAGUAAUCGUGUGGUUGAGGAAAAAAUGGCGAGAAAAAAAUCUGAAAGAUUAACUUAUCUUGUUGCUGCAAUUAUGUCUACUUUUGGAAUUACUUCUUUGGCUAUUAUGGCUGUUUAUUAUCGCUUUUCUUGGCAAAUGGAGGGUGGAGAGGUUCCUUAUGUGGAGAUGUUUGGUACAUUUGCUCUAUCUGUUGGUGCUGCGGUAGGAAUGGAGUAUUGGGCCAGAUGGGCGCAUGAAGCGCUUUGGCAUGCUUCUUUGUGGCACAUGCAUGAGUCGCACCAUAAACCACGAGAAGGUCCAUUUGAGCUCAACGAUGUAUUUGCCAUCAUAAACGCCGUUCCAGCAAUUGCUUUACUUAACUACGGGUUCUUCCACAAAGGGAUAGUUCCCGGGCUAUGUUUUGGUGCCGGGCUUGGGAUAACAGUAUUUGGAAUGGCAUACAUGUUCGUCCACGAUGGACUUGUUCAUAAGAGAUUCCAAGUGGGUCCCAUUGCAAAUGUUCCCUACCUUCGAAAGGUUGCAGCUGCCCACCAGUUACAUCACACGGAUAAAUUUAAUGGAGUUCCUUAUGGCUUGUUUUUGGGACCUAAGGAGCUUGAAGAAGUGGGAGGAGAUGAGGAAUUGGAAAAGGAGAUUCAAAGAAGAAUCAAGUUGUAUAAUAAAUAAAAACGUAUAUAAAUAUAAAAUUCAAAUUAAAUUUAAUUUGUUUCGUGUGUUAUUCCGCUUUUGGUUACAUAGAAGAUUAGUACAAAGUAGAAAGAAAAGAAAAGCAAGCAAUGACAUACUUGGUACGAAUGCAAUUUUGUUAAUUGAUCUAAUUUCUGAUAGAAAUUUAGUGUUUCA